AUGGCCUACCACUCAGCCUACCGCGGCAUUGCGACGGGUGCCAACGGCGAAUUUGAUCACUUUGUGCGGACAAUCGACCCAUCACAUUUGGAAGGCGGGUAUUGGAGGUUCCAGACUAUCGACGAUGACCGGCGCGCAAUGGCCCGCGGCUUCACAACACCUGAGGAUGUUCUCCAAGCUGCCGACUCCAGCGACGACAGGUUCGACGAGAUCAUACUAAGAUGGGUGAGGGGCGCAAACGAUACAAGCUUCAAGAUGGCGAUGUCGGGUACGGCGCAUCAUCAUCUCCAAACGAUCUACGAACUGCGCUCGAUGCUUCAUCUGCCCAUGUCGUCCAGAGGGCAAGUGCCGCUCUACCCAAUCAGCACCAACCCACGUCUUAAGCAGUACUGGGAAGCGAAAUACAGAGCCCAACGACCUACCCCGAUCGAUCCCGCGAUUCAGCUACCAGAACGGCCCAUCUCAUCUCCAGUGACACCAGGGCCUGUACACUCGACUUCAUCGCAAGCUCAGCACGCAGAACCAGCGACACCGAAGUCCCCCAUUGGCAGAGUUACCAGGGCACGCAGCGCGAAGCUAUCGCAAGCAGCGGGACCGAAACCUGCAGCCAAAACUAAAUCAGUCAAACAAAGAACCAGUGCUACUACAUUGCCUGCAGGCCAGCUUUCGCCUACAUCUUCAUCGUUAGAAAAGGUCAAGAUUUCACUUCCUCCUUCCAAAGCGAAAAGUCAGCAGCAGGCUCCCUCCCAACGCUUCGAAACGCAACCGUUGAUACCCGCACAACCUGGCAAUGAUCGAAGGGAUGGUCGCAAUGCAGGUUCCUCCGCCAACAAAGGACACAAACCGAUCGCAGCUCCGACAACGCCAUCUGCUUUCGACGAUGAUGAUAGCAUCCCCGGUGUAUCAAUAAGCCCGCACGCGCCUCACAAUGCUUCCUCAAAGACCCCUACGAUGGGCUCACAAGAAGUCUCGUCCGAAGACCGAUAUAGCCCUCUACAGUUACCAGCAAGCUCCCCGGCGCAUCACACCGAAGGUACAAAUAUCGAAGAGCCAAUCGCGGCCGUUGGGUCGUGCAACACGGCAACCAAUGGGCAGGCUUAUGCUUCUCGGGGGAGACAACAGCCUUCAAUUAGCGACCUUCGGUCGCUCAGCACAUCAGACGUAUCUACACUGGGUACUAAAGCCGUAGCCGUAGCGGAGAAGCCGGUAGAAACUAUCUCCGAGCCAUGGGGCAGUUACAUGAAAGGCCUUGAACAGCUUCCAUGUGUAGAUUGCGGAGAAGAUGAAGGACACCAGCUGGACUGCAAUCUUGGGAGCAUUACACCAAUGCAGAACCUCACCGUCCUCGACUAUCGCACCCUUGCCGACGCUGUCGAGCAAUUCGAUCCUGGCCCAUGGACAACCCACUUCGUUCCUCCCGAACCCGAACCUGAAGACGCGGCGACACAAAUGAGAGGCAUGGCCGCCGUCAUAAGGAAUGAGGAUAGCUACAAACAAGAUGCCGAGCUUCACGGACUACCUGAUGACCUCAUGAUGAUGUUGUGGGCUUUCAAGACUUCGGACAAUGUUCAGGUUAUCAAUGAGGAAGAUUGGGAUUCCGGCAUCGGCGAGUUCGAGAUGUGGUGA